AUGACGGCGCCUCCGCCUGACUGCGACGCGCAGAAAAAGCGGCUCUUGGCGGAACUUCUGGCGGCCCGCAACGGCGACCGCAUCGUGGAUGUGUCAAAAGCCAUCGACGCAACUUUUUUUUGCGACGCACCCGAUAAAGUACGUGGCGCGGCACCAAAAAUCGGUCGGGUUUUUCUCACAAGUGCAGCGGAGGCGCGUCGCGGGAACAUAACAGCAAAACUGAUUUUUUCUGGCGGGCGGCGGACAGCUGCCGCCGCGUUGAAGGGGAAAAGUGACUUGGAAAAGGAAGAUAACGCCGAGGCGGAGGAGAAUCGGUGGAUUCGUGGGGUUCUUAUUGUCUCUGGCGCGAUUCUGCCACCGCCGGAGUCUGUGUUUUUGGACCCUCACGGCAAUGGCCGCGUCUUCUCCCUUGGAAACCCCAACUUGUCGGUGCAGCUGUUGGUGCGUGUUGUGGGUGUGCCGCUCCCAAUGUUCAUUCCGCAUGGCUCCGCCGCGGACUCCACCACGGCGAAGACGAGGCGGCCGUCAGCGCAGGCAAAAUAUAGGCAAAUUUUGCUGGAGACGGAGCUUUGCUUCUUGCAGAGUUUAGAGGCGUGUUUGAUGUGGCUGCUGCGUUCUCGGCGCUACGAGGGGACGGAGAAAUUUUAUACGCCAUGGUUGCAGAGCGAACUCCAUGCCGGUCAUAUGUGCCGUGGUCGAAAGAGUCAUCCCUCGUCGUCGGCGUCAUUCUUCACGGAGGAGCCUGCGACACUUUCGGUCCCGCUGUAUUACCUCCCCAUGCACGUUGAAGACAAUGCCAACUCGCGCCUUGCGGAUGUCAUUGAUGUUGCGGCCGAAUUCCUGGAUCUGAUUUUGGACGCGGAGAGGUCGGUGGUGAGGGAGACAACGGCGCUUUUGCAGGAACUUGUGCGACUCUCCGGCAUGAUGGCGAACAGUACGGAGGGCGACAGUGAUGGUACAACGAAGAGCGACAACAGCAAGAAGAAUGUAAGCGAGUUGCUGUAUGUUUUGCACCGUCACGCUGCUGCGCUGCUGGAGUCGACGCGUCUGGGUCACGCACAUUUAGGCACUAAUCACAGCGGCGGCAACAGCAAUUCUACCGCUGUUGUAACGUCGAUACUUCCGACUGUGUGCGACGAUGGCGAGUACGGCAUGCCCCUGUCGGAAUUGUUCUUGGAUGGCUCCGCACUAGGCCUCGCACCCGCAUCAUUUCUCCCCGACGAUGGUCGUGAAGGUGGCGUCGGUGAUCCCUCAUCCUCGGUAGGUGGUGGCUGCGGCGCCCCGGAAUCCAGCGGGCAAGCCACAUUGGCAGGAAUAGAAGGGAAUAACGUGUGCGCCGCAUGCGCACCACCCGGCGUAUUGAUUCAUUGUCUGAAAGGCGUCUCGCGGAGUCCUAGCGUCAUCAUGGCGUACUACCUGCGCAAGUUUUGCCAAGAGUUUUACGUGCUCUCACGCAUACCCCGCCAUGCAGAGGUGGCGGACCCAAGUACAGCAACCGCGGAGGAGGACAAUGAAGACAUGUACAUUUUUUCAUUUCGCAGACUCUUGCAGUGCUUGCAGGAGGCACGCCCUGCCGUAAACCCGCAACUCUGCUUCCUUGCUGAGCUAAGGUCCAUGUGGGCGCGUUUGUCAAAAGAACUGGCUAAGAAGGAGGCGAAGUAA